GUCAGGUCCAAGUUACUCGAUGUGGCAAGUGGCAUAGCCCUCAGUUGUACUCCGUAGUGUUACCUACAUCCUCAACAUAUAUAUUCCAUGGGCUCCAGAUCUUGACAUUUAUCUCUUCACCGUUAUUAUUGUUUUUCUCAAUUCUGCCCAAUUCUUCUCAGUUGAUACCAAGCCCAGCCCUAUCCCCCUCCCCAUAAUAAUGGUUACCAAAUCUAGAUUCCCAGAUAUUGAUGUGCCAGCUGUCGAUGUCUGGGGCCUAUUAUUUGAGACGAAAGAUAGGCCGUUUUCUGAUAACAAAGUAAUCUACGUCGAUCCCGAGACGAACCGGUCGUAUACUUUCGCAGAGACAAAGAAGGCUGCGAUUGACUUUGGCAAGGGUCUCAAGGCUCAAUGGGACUGGAAGAAGGGCGAUGUCCUUGCCCUCUAUACACCCAACAGCAUUGACACACCAGCGGUGAUAUGGGGAACCCACUGGGCCGGAGGGGUGAUCUCUCCUGCCAACCCAGCGUACACUCCCGCAGAAUUGGCUUUCCAGCUUAAAGAUUGCGGUGCCAAAGCACUUGUGACACAGAAAGCAUUCCUGGCGGAUGCCCGAGCUGCCGCCAAAUCUGUUGGCCUUUCGGAGAAGAGGAUCAUUAUCCUCGGAGACGAGAGGGAUGACAGAUUCAAGCAUUUCACUAGCAUUCGGAACCUCUCGGGGGCAACAAGAUAUGUCAGAACACGAGUGAACCCCGAAAAGGACCUUGCCUUCUUAGUCUAUAGCAGUGGCACCACUGGCCACCCAAAGGGUGUCAUGCUGUCACACCGCAACAUUGUGUCUAACUUAUUCAUGCAUGCUGUAGGGGAAGGCAAUAAUUUGAGUUCUGAUGGUGGACCUGAUGGCAAAGGCGACAAACUCCUUUCUUUCCUUCCAUUUUUCCACAUUUAUGGCCUUACCUGCCUUGUUCAUUACGCAUUCUUCAGAGGCCUCACCACAUAUGUUAUGGCGAAAUUUGACCUCGAGAGAUUCUGCUCCAUCAUCCAGGAGAAUAAAAUUACCUUCGCCUAUGCCGUACCACCAGUGGUUCUUCAGCUUGCCAAGAACCCAGUGGUGGACAAGUACGACCUCAGCACAAUCAGAAUGAUAAACUCGGGUGCAGCACCCCUCACGCGGGAAAUUGUCAACGCAUUGUAUGCCAAACGCAACAUCAAGGUCAAGCAGGGAUAUGGCCUGUCCGAGACAUCUCCCACGACUCACUCGCAGCGCUGGGAGGACUGGCAAACGGCAAUGGGCUCAGUCGGACGCCUUCUGCCCAACCAGACCGCGAAGUUCAUGUCGGCCGAGGAGAAAGAACUUGAAGUCGGGGAGACUGGUGAGCUAUGGAUCAAGGGACCUAAUGUGUUCUUGGGUUACUGGAAGAACCCUGAAGGCACGAAGAACGCGCUCACCGACGACGGUUAUUUCAAGACCGGUGACGUCGGGUUCCAAGACAAGAAGGGAAACUUCUAUAUCACAGACCGCGUGAAGGAACUCAUCAAAUAUAAGGGAUUCCAAGUUCCUCCCGCAGAACUAGAGGGUCUUCUGCUUUCGCACCCGGAUAUCGACGAUGUUGCUGUUCUUGGCAUCUACAAUGAAGACCAGGCAACCGAGGUCCCUCGCGCAUACGUCGUGCCCAAGGCUGGUGUUCCCGGUACACCGGAGACGGGCAAGAAUAUUGCGGAUUGGCUGUCCAGUAAGGUAGCUGGCCACAAGCGCUUGAGAGGAGGUGUUAGAUUCGUUGAUGUGAUACCUAAGACCGCGAGCGGCAAGAUCUUGCGGAGGGUCCUGAAGCAGCAGGCCGAGGCAGAGGAGAAGAAGGUCAAGUCCAAGUUGUAAAGCUUCACGAGAUUACCAGGAGUUCAUAGCGUGCGUGGUGUCUUCCUUCGCAUAUAGAACCAUAUAUCAUGUAUUUACAGCACAUAUAUUUCAAAUAACUUUUUAAAGAC